GUUGAGCGCAAAGUAGAUAACUCUGGCUUUGAACCCCCGAAGCGAAGUUGGCGGAGCGAGCGAUACCACACGCCGCCGGCGAUGCUACUGGCGCGCGCCCCGCCGCCAUCGCCCCCGGCGUUCACCUCCCCGGCGCUCUCGGUGCGCGCCUUCCGCCGCCGCCGCCUCGCCGCUGCCGGUGCCGCCGUGACGGCCGCGUCCAAGUCGCCUUCUCUCCCGGGCGGGCAAAGGCGCAAGCAGGUGGCGAGCGUGGCCAACCCCCUGGUGAAGCGCUGCGUGAGGCUCCGGGACUCCGCCGCCUACCGACGGUCCUGCCGCCGCCUCGUCCUCGUCGGCCUCGCCCCCAUCCUGGAGAUCUGCAGGCUUGGGUCCGUCGCCAUUGAUUGCUUGCUCCUCUUGGACGGCGCCGAGGUCCCGGACGAACUGCGUGAGCUCUCUGGCGGCAGUGUUGUGCAUGUCAGCGCCACUGUGAUGAAGAAGAUCUCCGGGAUGCAGUCGGUUGACUCAACCGAGGCGAUUGCUGUCAUGCACAUGCCCAGGCAUUUCUGUGACCUCGGUGAUGACGAGGGUGGAGCUGGUCUUGAUGCCUCGUUCCAGUCUCCCAAGAGGAUCCUAGUCCUUGAUGGGAUUCAGGAUCCGGGUAACCUUGGAACGUUGAUAAGGUCAGCUUGUGCGUUCAAAUGGGAUGGGGUGUUUCUUCUUCCGGCUUGCUGUGAUCCUUUCAAUGAAAAGGCUCUUCGUGCAGCCCGUGGAGCCUCUUUGCAGCUUCCAAUUGUCUCCGGCAACUGGUGUGAUCUGCAUGCUUUGGUAACUAGAUAUGGCAUGAAGAUGUUUGCAGGCCAUCCAGAAAGUAGCAGUGAUGGAUCCGCAAGAACCCACGCGCUGUCCAAAGAACUUGCAGAUUCACUGGUGAGUGAGUCACUGUGCUUAGUGUUAGGAAGUGAGGGCAAUGGCCUCUCUGAAGAGACCGUCCAAGCUUGUGAUCUUGUAAGCAUUCCUAUGGAAGGUAUUUUUGAAUCUCUGAAUGUUUCUGUUGCUGGGGGUAUCUUUUUAUUUAUGUUACAACCCAAACAGCAAACAUAUAGCAGAAUCUUAACGCCGUAAA